UGUUAAAUGUGUGAGCGCUUUCACAUGCGUACAAUGAGGAUCCUGUGUGCGGCCCCCCUCGCUCCCUGCUCCGUGGAUGGCGUCCCACUCGGGCUGGAUGAAUGGUACAUGUGUGUGUCCAGCUGCACUCCCACCCAGAAAACUGCACCCCGCCAGGACCCCGACACUCGCCCAGCACAGCAGCCAGGCAUGGGCACGCAGGGGGAGCGCAUCAGUAUGGAGGCGAUCGGUAACCCAGGACCAGCCAGGAGAUCUGCAAUAAACAUUAACCAUUACGCCACCAAGAAGAGUCUGGCGGAGAGCAUGUUGGACGUAGCAUUAUUCAUGGCAAAUGCAACACAACUGAAAGCUGUCCUGGAGCAAGGUCCCAGCUUCACUUAUUAUAUCACUCUCAUCACCCUCAUCAGCCUGUCACUUGCUCUGCAGGUGGUCAUUGGGAUUCUACUGAUCAUUAUUGCUCGUAGAAACCUGAACGAUAUUGAAAAACAGCCCAGGCUUGAUCUGCUGAACAAUGUGGCCACGGGGCUGGUUUUCUUGACGGUCCUUUUGAACAUCUUCAUCACAGCCUUUGGGGUGCAGAAAACCGGCCUUUACCCGUCAAGAGGACCACGGGAAGUCAACUGAGCGGACAAGCUUCACAGAUCUCGGUGACUUUGUUGCGUUGUGUUGCGCAACCAACUACUCAGAGAUCUUCCCAUUCCUAUUUUCUGUAUAUAACCACCGGAAUUCUUUUUAUUAACACCGUAA